AUGUAUCUGAUCACUGUGUUUGGAAACCUGCUCAUCAUCCUGGCCAUCAUCUCAGAUCCCCACCUCCACACACCCAUGUACUUCUUCCUCUCCAACCUGUCCUUUGUAGACAUCUGUUUCACUUCCACAACCAUCCCAAAGAUGCUGCUAAACAUCCAGACAAAGAGCAAAGUCAUAACCUAUGCAGGCUGCAUCACCCAGAUGUACUUUUUCAUGCUUUUUGCAGCGUUAGAUGACCUUCUCCUGAGUGUGAUGGCCUAUGACCGGUUUGUGGCCAUCUGUCAUCCCCUGCAUUACAUGGUCAUCAUGAACCACCGGCUCUGUGGGUUGCUGGUUCUGAUGUCUGUCAUCAUCAUAGUCUCCUUAUUUUAUGGAACAAGCCUAGGAGUGUACCUUAGUUCUGUUGCUACACACAACUCAUACUCAAGUGCUAUAGCCUCAGUGAUGUACACCGUGGUCACACCAAUGCUGAAUCCUUUUAUCUACAGUCUGAGGAAUAAAGACGUAAAGAGGGCUCUGAGGAGUGUCCUUGGGAGAGAAACUAGAAAAGGAUCAAUUGACUGGGACAGAAAAAGUGUCCAUUGA